GUUGAUUCAUAGGCGACAGAGUCAGUAUGCACAUAUGUCUGUCUGUCUCCAUGUACUUCCUCUCCAGCUCCAUCAAUCGGCACAAAGCAGGUCAAACCUCACAGCUUGGCGCCCGCCUUUCUCUUCUUGCUGCCUGUCAGCCCAGCACCAGCCCUGCUCACCCCUUUGCCAUCCUGCCGCACCUUCUUGCCUGACGCCGCUGCGCUGCCCCUCUGGCCCUCCUGCCCGCUGCUCGGCUCGCUCCUGACCCUCUUCUGUGCAGGCUGCGGCGCACCGUCGUCACUCACUUGCUGGGCCAUAGCUCGCUUCUUAGAGGGCCGCACUGCUGCAGGUGACGCCGCUGCUGCUCCUUGGUCCUCCUUUGCCGCGGCAGCCUCUCGCACAGCGGCGUUGUACUUGUCGGCAACGUAUAUGGGCAGGGCGACCGAGUCAGUGGCCUUGACACUGAUGGCCGAUAUGGUGUUGUGGAAGCGGGGCGUCGAGAAGAUGCUCGUCACCUCCUCUAUCACCCUGUUGGAUGGAUCGAUCCAUCGACACACAAACAGAGGGAGAGGGGGAGGUAGAGGGGGAGGGGGACAGAGGGAUGGCAUGAUUCUCUCUCUAGCCAGUCCGUCGUCAGCCAGCCACCCAUUGAUUGCUGGCUGCACUCACUGAUGAUGCAUUCGUUGUGUGUACCUACCUGAGCGCGUUUGCGACGAUAUGCGCCGGGUCCAUGUUGCAGCGGCCGAUCUUGACGGAACUGACAUACAUACAUGGGAAGAUGGAACAAAGCAAGCAGGCAGCCGUCACCACGGAUGGAUCCAUGUUGGCUGACCCACACCCCCACUCCACUCACCAGCAGGGCCCCGGGGGAAUGCGCAGAAUGGUCGAGUUCUUGACGUUUUCCACCGCCUCAAACCAGUUGGCAAGAGUCAGCUUCACCGGAAUGGGACUCCUGCACACAACACACAACGCACGACUCGGAUCUCUCACAAACCGGCAGACAAACAGCAGCCGAGGGUCGUUUGCUUUGGGAGCUGAGCUGACUGACUUUUUGGUUUGGAAGAACGGUUUGCCGAGGUAGGAGGGCAUCAUUUCGACGACCCUGUCGUCACAGAUGAAGACGUCAUAGCUCCGACACAGCUCUCGACGCUGCGCCGCCGUCUUGAAGUUGCGACGCAACUUGCCCACAGGCAACAGCUGACCCAACACACCAACCAUCACACACACACCGACGGCAUGAGCAACCUCGGCCUGCCUCUCUCCCUCCCUCCCUGUCUGUGUGGUCAGUCUGUCCGUCCGUCGGUCCAUGUGUGAGAUCAAUACCUACCUUGAUGGAUCCUCCGCCUUGGAUGUGUUUGUUCUGCAGCUGGUCCUUGAGGUUGGCCUUGGCCGAGUCCUUGAUGAACACACAUAUGUCCACGUCCUCGGGAUAGAUGCUGUGCGGCACCGGGCUGCACACACACACACACACACACGCACGCACAGACACACAGACAGACAGACACGCACACCGAGAGAUGAGUUCGCAGCUGCCACUCAUCUCAUCCCUCCCUUCCUCCCUUGAUCUUUGCCAUACGUACAUGAGGAAUGGUUUCUCGCGCCUCUUGUCGGGGAUCUUCUCGAGGCUGAUGUACAGCGAGAUGGUCUCCUCGUUGGCGGCAAGCAGCUCGUUCUUGGGGGCGUUCUUGGCUGCCACGUGCUGCACCAGCGCCUUGACCGCCUUCUCAGUGGUCGAUCCCGACGCCAGAGGGGCACUUGCAGAAUCCAUCCUUUCUGCUCCUCCCCGG